AGUAUCAGGGCUUCAGGGCUGGUGCUGUUGGAAACCAUUCUUUUUGGAUCACUUCUUCUGUACUUCCCAGUUGUCAUUUUGUAUUUUGAGCCAAGUGUAUUUCGCUGUGUUCUCCUAAGAUGGGUUCGUCUUCUGGGCUUUGCUACUGUUUAUGGAACUGUGACGCUCAAACUGCACAGGGUUUUGAAGGUAUUCCUAUCCCGAACUGCUCAGCGUAUUCCAUACAUGACAGGUGGACGAGUGAUGAGGAUGCUGGCUGUUAUUCUCCUGAUAGUCUUUUGGUUUCUUGUUGGCUGGACUUCUGCAAUAACCCAAAAUUUGGAGAGAAACAUUCCACUCAUUGGCCAAGGGCAAACAUCUGACCACUUGAUCUUCAAUAUGUGCCUCAUAGACCGCUGGGAUUACAUGAUGGCUGUUGCUGAAUUUUUAUUCCUCUUGUGGGGUGUUUAUCUCUGCUAUGCAGUGCGGACAGUCCCAUCAGCAUUUCAUGAGCCACGUUAUAUGGCUGUUGCAGUUCACAAUGAGCUCAUUAUCUCUGCUAUAUUCCAUACAAUUAGAUUCAUUCUUGCUUCAAGACUUCAGUCUGACUGGAUGCUGAUGCUGUUCUUUGCACACACACACCUGACUGUGACAGUCACUGUUGGGCUACUUCUGAUCCCUAAGUUUUCACACUCAAGCAAUAACCCAAGAGAUGAUAUAGCUACAGAAGCUUAUGAAGAUGAGCUUGAUAUGGGUCGAUCUGGAUCCUAUCUGAACAGCAGUAUCAAUUCAGCAUGGAGUGAACAUAGUUUGGAUCCUGAAGAUAUUCGGGAUGAGUUGAAGAAACUAUAUGCCCAGCUUGAAAUCUAUAAAAGGAAAAAGAUGAUUGCUAAUAACCCACAUCUCCAGAAAAAGAGGUGCUCUAAAAAGGGCUUGGGGCGCUCAAUAAUGCGACGUAUUACAGAAAUCCCUGAGACGGUCACGAGGCAAUGCUCCAGGGACGAGAAGGACCUGAUGGAGCACAGUGCUGUGAAGAACACGGCCACACUAAGAAAAAACCCACAGGAUUCCACGAGUUCUGCAAAGCCAAAAGAAGAGACUUUGAAAAACAGGGUCUUUUCAUUAAAAAAGUCCCACAGCACUUAUGAUCAUGUUAGGGAUCAAACAGAAGAACCGAAUAGCUUAACUACAGAAAGCACAGAAGUUAUAGCCGCUGAGAAUUCGCUUUUGGAUUCCUUGAAUGGUAACAAAUUAACCAAAAAUGCUCCGGAAAAAGUUGAAGCUGUCUCCACUGAAUCAGUCCCUUUGGUGUGCAAAUCAGUAAGUGCACAUAACUUAAGUGCCGAUAAGAAGCCUCUGCAUCCAAGAACAUCUGUGUUACAAAAAUCCCUCAGUGUUAUUGCUAGUGCCAAGGAAAAGACUCUGGGACUAACGGGUAAAACACAAAGUCUAGAAGAAAGCACUAAAUCUCACAAAUCUCAGCAGAAGGGUAAGGAAGCCACCAAAAAGCACUCAGCCUCUGAUAAAGGGGAGCAUAAGGAUUCCCACCGGAAGAACUCUACCCACUCUGAGGAAACAAAGAAAACCCAAAAAUCUGGAAUUAUGAAACAACAAAGGGUUAGUCAAACACCUGCAAAUCCAGACACAGGCCCAGGUAAGUCUCUGCACAAGGACAAUUUCGACAUAGGAGAAGUUUGUCCUUGGGAGUUAUAUGACCAAACUCCUGGUCCUGUGCCUUCUGACUCUAAGGUUCAAAAACAUGUGUCUAUUGCUUCCUCAGAGCCAGAGAAAAACCACCCUUCCCAGCCAAAGGGGAAGUCUCAUCAUAAGCUGAAGACACCUGAAGGGUAUCAACAGUCAAAUCAAAAGAGCUCAGAGAAGGUGGAGGCAGCCACUCGGGAGACACAAGAGCAGCAGGUCUCUGAAAAUGAGAAAAAACAGUUGAAUUCCAAGUCUCAGGUUUCCCCUGGGCUGAAGUGUGAGAAUGUUAAUAGAUAUGCACCUACUACCUGUGCUGGAGAGCAAGAGGAGCUACCCCAGAAAGCAGCAGAAAAGGAAAACCUCAAUAAAUUGGCAGAACAGAAAAAAAAUGCCUCUUCCGAGGGAAAUGUGCUUUCAUCUGACUCCCAUAAGCCAAGUAGUUACUUACAGCAACCUUUAGCAUCUCGAGCUGAAGUCUGCCCUUGGGAGUACGAUACACCAGAUUUACCAAAUGCAGAAAGAAGUGUAGCUUUAUCGAACACCUCUGCUGUAAGUGCAAAUAAAACAGCAACACCUCGAAAAUAA